AUGAUUCGCGGUGAAAAUAAUCAAAGUAAUAAAGUACAUCGGCCUUUAUAUAAAAAUAAAGUUUGGACACGUGUGCAAAGAAACAUUUCCAAAGAACGAAAACGUCCUAGAUGUGAAAAUGGUGAAAAUGUACAAGAGUUUUCGUUUCCUAAAAGAAUCAAAGGUGAACUAAGAGAUCAAAAAUCUGAAAUAGGUCCACCUUACAAAUUUGAAAAUCAAUACAUCCCUUCUCAUGAAUACCAACAUAUUUAUUUUGAUCAUAAUAUUAACGGGGGUAAUCUUAACCGAGUUAAAAACAUUUUACUUACAGGAAAAGUAAAAGUUGACGUGCAAAAUCAGAUGUCUUGGAAAUAUAAUAACAGUAAAACUCAAGAUACAACUAAUGUGAAAGUUCAACGAUGUUUGGAUCACAAUGAAAGAAAUGAAAUGAACGUCAAAUCCGGUGAUACCAUCGUUGAACAUUCUGUAUCCAGUCACCCUCUGAAUAAAAAGGAAAACAUUGAACAAGAUACAAUUUACAAAAAUGGGUAUUACGCGGAUCAUUCUUUUAAGAAAAAUGUACAACACGCGUGGGGAAUCGAGUCUGAUGAACCCUCAACUACUGUUGUCAGAUAUAGUAAGAAUUAUAGUGUUAAAAAGAAUUGUAUUAAUUCAAAUGGUUGCCUUUUGAGCAGUAAAGAGUUCAAUCCAUGGGAACCUUGGGCUAAUCAACAAGAAUUUGAAUUAGCUUUGAAUAAGAUCAAUCGUUAUUAUCAGGCAAGUUAUAAUUCAUAG